AUGAUGGCCGCUCGAGCAUACGAAUUCUUCAAUGCUGAAUUGGCUGAUUCAGGACUGUCCGUAAGGAUACCGGAAACGAUAAACAAUGUCACAAAAGAGGCGAUUCCAUUAUGGGUAAAUUAUAUGGGCGGGCAUGCAGUCUUGAAAAUACCUUAUAGUAAUGCUGGUCAAGGUGUAUUCACAAUUACAAACCAAAAAGAGCUCGACCAAUUCCUCAAAAUGAACCACCACUAUGAUAAAUUCAUAGUCCAAUCGCUUGUUGGUAACGCCUCCUGGUCAUCAAUGACUCGGUCUGGCAAAUUUUUCCACGUUGGUACGAUUCCGAACAGACGCAAUCACACAUACGUCUCCGACUUGCGAGUCAUGGUCACUGCCGACAGGAAUGGAUUCAGACCUGUCGCGAUGUAUGCUCGACGGGCUAGAAAGCCUUUGGUGACUAAACUUGAGGAUAGCCCGAACUGUUCAUCAUGGGAAAUGCUCGGAACGAAUCUCUCGGUUAAGCAGGAGGACGGCCGAUGGUCAUCCGAACCAGAACGUCUGCUUCUUAUGGAUCGUAAAGACUUCAAUCAGCUUGGAAUCGGUGUCGAUGACCUAAUAGAUGCAUACGUUCAAACGUGCUUGUCGGUGAUUGCCAUCGAUAAACUGAGCGAUCGAUUAAUGCCAAAUGAUGAAACGUUUAAUUUCGAUUUGUUUAGAUCUUUGAAUCCCGAUGAAACUUUAUUGCAUGAGAUAUUGGUGCAAAUUGGAUCAUUCCUACUACUCAAUACUAUAAACAAUUGCUCGUACUCGACCUCGCCUGUUCCUUCGUUUCCCUCUCUCCACGCCCUAGGAAUACUUCAGAUACUCCGUUCCUUACCGAUUAUGGCUCAAACAUAUGGACAACAAGGACAACAGACUCAAUCACAAGAAUACACACUCCCAGGAGUGUUGCACUUCUUGCAGUCAGAAUGGAGAAGAUACGAGAGGGAUAGGAACGAAUGGGAGAUAGAACGCGCUGAAAUGAAGGCUCGUAUUGCGCUGUUAGAAGGCGAACGCCGUGGAAUUGAGAAUAUGAAAACAGAUUUAAUGAGAAGAGUUAAAAUGCUUGAAUAUGCGAGUAAAUACGUGGCUGAAAAAUCGCACUUGAAUAACACGGCUUCCCCACCUGGAAUCGCGACAACUGAAGUCACAUCGUCCACCAACGAGAAUGGAAUACCGAUAACGGGACUGAAACAACCGUCUAGACCAAUUUCCGCACAGUAUACGAAUAUACAGUUAUCUCGUGACCAGAAAACUCGAGCCAAGAGUCAGCAACUGCUUAAAAACUGCCUGCAAGAGAUAGAAUAUCUUACGAGCGUAGCAACAACCGGCAUCUCACCUAUCCCUAAUCGUAGCGAUACUGUUCAGUUAAAUGAUUCGACACAGGCAUUCUCCCAGCAAGCCAACCGCGCUAGCACCAUAUACUUGGGCUCCGAACCACACGGAACAUUAUCUCAUAACCGUAAUGAUUCUCGGGAACAAAUGCGUCCCUCUCGACCAGCUCCUACUGCUACACCAUCAACGAUAGUACCUCCAAAAUCAUCCAGUCCACCACUUGAGCAAGUAUCAUCUCGAAGGCAUAUUAAUGAAUAUGAGGACAAUUGGUUUAAUGCUGCUGAAGACAGGAAGGGUAAAAAUAAAGCCGAGACUGGCAAAAGCAAUGAUGAGGACGAGGACGAUUACAAUGAAGAACAAUCUACACCAAUAAGUAGUUCACCUUUCUCUCCCAGUAUUGAUGAAACUACAGUUUCUACUAUUCGUGGGAGAGAAAGUAGCAAUAGAGUUGGAAAGAAAGAGGGAAGUUAUUUGGACAAAGGCGUAGAUGAUGAGGAGAGUGUUGCUAUGUACGCACAAAAGUCAUUUAAUAGAUGGAGAGAGGCGUUUAACAACAAAAUAGGAGAGCAGACGUCUGACCCUCAGUUGGGUGAGUUAUCCAAUGCCUGGCGCGACGUUGAUGAUGAGCAAGGCAAUCAAGCAGAGACUGAUCAAGGGCACGUAAAUGGUGUAGACAAUAAAUUAUGGAAAACGCGAUUUACAUUACGCAGUCACCUUGACAGUGUACGGUCAUUGUCAUGGCACCAAUAUGAACCGUUAUUUGUUUCUGGAUCAGAAGAUGGGACUGUCAAAUUGUGGGACUUGAAUGAAACACUGUCAUCAAAACAAUUUGACAUAAAACCAAUACUAACGUAUCGUGGUCAUACAUUACCGGUAACAUCCGUGGUGCUAUCUACCGAACAAUCGACCUGUUACUCAGCAAGUAUGGAUGCUACAAUACGUGUAUGGAAAAUACCAGCUACUAGGGAACUUUAUGCACCAGUUGAUCCAUCACUAAACUUGACUGCAUACAUUGGCCAUACGGACGUAAUCUGGGAUUUACGGCUGUUCCCAAUACACGACCGAUAUUCUCAGUUACUUGCAUCGGCUGCUGCUGAUGGUACCGUCAAGAUAUGGGAUACUGAAGCAACAGGCUCUCCAUUAAAGAGUACUUGGAACUAUUACGGUAUUGGAAAUGCUGAUAGACUUAAUGGUGGAGGCCGUCCCCCGGUGCCAACAUCUAUAGAUUUUGUGCAUACAGAUCUGAAAAAGAUUGCUGUGUCAUUUCGAAAUUCGAUAAUCAAAAUCUUUGAUAUUGAGACGGGACAGCCAGUGGUGACGUUUAAGAGUGAUAAAACAUAUGAUGGUACAGCUAGUACGCAGAUUAAUCGUAUAAUCUGUCACCCAACUAUGCCUCAAGUGUUCUCCGCACAUGAAGAUAAAUUUAUAAGAGGAUUUGAUAUUAAUAGUGGUGAACCCAUAUUUUCAAUGUCAGCGCAUUUGGACUCAGUCACAUCGCUAGACAUUGACCCGUCAGGGAUGACAUUAAUAUCAGGAGGCCAUGACGCAUCAAUACGUCUGUGGGAUAUUCUUUCAGGGCAAACGUGCGUUCAAGAAUUUAUGUCUCAUCGUCGUAAAUCAGAUGAAGGCGUACUGUGUCUGCAGUAUCAUCCAACACUUCCAUGGCUUGCAAGUGGUGGGGCCGACUCUGCAGUUAAAAUAUAUAACUAA